AUGUCCGACGAAGUCAGUAGCUUUCUCCGGUCUGUCGAGCAGCUGAAGGAUCGACGAGACGAGGAGGACGAGGCCCGGUCGAGAGAACUCGAGGAGAAGAUACUACAGGAGAGGCGUGAACGCCAAGCUCGCCGUGCCGAGCGCGCAAGAUCAAUUUCUCCUCAGAAAUCGUCACCUGCGAAUACCCCGCCACCGUCCCAGCACCGUCACGCCGACUCGCAAACCUCCGAAGGACUUAGCUUGGCGUCCUCCCCUGUCCUCGAGAGUACUGGCAGCCCGCAGUCGCGUUCGGCAAACCAGAGCCGCUCCGACAUGAUGGGCUCGGCCGACUACUCGACCUCUCCGACCAAGGAGAACGAGUCUCCCUACGAUCUCGACUCGAAACGCGCCAGCGUCACGUCCCCCUCCAGCGCCAUGCCUACUCGUACCCCGACCCUCUCGUGGCAGCGACGUCCUACGUCACAAUCCUCGGCUGGGCCCAAAAAUCGACCACUAUCCAUGGUGGCCGCCGAAAAUGCGGCCGCCCGGUCGUCUACGACCAGUUCUGCCGACCAGGCCGACUCGCCGGCCUCGAGAGACCAAAUUGCCCAAGCUCUGGGCUCUAAGGAUCCUGCCUGGUUCCGGCAGACGCCCGAUCGCGGGCAAGGCUCCGACGCAUACCGACGCAACCAGGUCGAGGAUGAGGACCGUCUGGAUAUGUCUUCGGUGCGCGCCCAGCUACCGGGAAUGUCGCGUGCUUCCUCAACCGAGCCGGACAAGGACGCGACACCCACGCGAUCCGACUCUCCGGGUCUGCGAGGAAAGCUCGGGUCACCGUUGCCGUUAACGCCUGCCCAACGGCUCGAUCCACCAACGACGGAAGCCAUACCAACCGAGACAGAGGCCGCUUCGAUCGACCGCCAAAUCAUGUCCCCUCCCUCAGGACGCACCUCGCCAAACAGGCCGAUUUCGCCGACGAAAGGCAUGGGUGGGUUUGUGCAGAGCGCCAUGAUGAAGCGCACGGACAGUGUCAAGCGAUGGAGUGUGACAUCCCCCACGGGCCUGCAACGCGCAGACUCUGUCGCUUCGGCACGGCCCAACAGCCCGCAUCGUAUGAGUGGGCAGUCCUCGUCGCGACCUUCAAGCAUGUUGAAGGAGAGCUCUUCGAGGCCCACCUCCAGCCACGCAGAUGCAGCACCUCUUUCGGUAGAUACUACGAAGGACACGGCGGCCCCUGAGGAACCCUCUCACCCCGCUGAGGAUGAUGCCAAGUUGCCCGUCAGCCCCUCUAGGACCAUGGAUCCGCGCAGAUGGAGUCCUACAAAGUCAAGCUGGCUCGAAUCUGCUCUCAACAAACCCGAAUCGCCCAAGCCCAAACCUACUCCGCCACCUAAUUCCCAACCUUCAUGGAUGGCAGACCUUAACAAGGCCAAGGCUCAAAAGGCCACAGGGGAGUCUGACCUUGGGCGGACUGCGUCCGUUUCGCGAAACUUCGAGGUCAAGACUGGUGGGCUCAUGCGAUCUUCGCCCAUGGGCGUCAAUGUCAAGUCACCAGCGGCUCGCUCUUACCACUCGCCCUCCCCAUCUAUGGGCGGCGAGAGGACGGGCCUUGCUGCUCUGCGCGGGACUCUGUCAGCUAGUAGCUCUGCCGACGACGUGAACAGCAGCAGCGGGACGCCGGAUAAGACAUCCGCUACAAGCUCGCCCUCAACAAGCAAGCAGAAGCCUGACACCCCGCCCAAAAAGGACUUCCGUGGCACUCUCAAGAGCCGACCUACACCUGCGGGCGGUGACGGCCCCCAACAGGCUGAGUUCCAGAACGUGUUUGGCAACCUGCGGAGAACCAAGACCCAAAAUUAUGUGGCGCCCGACACGCUCAAGGACAACAUCCUCCGAGGCAAAGCAGGGCUGGCAGUUACUGGCGGGCCAAAGCCCCGAGAGAGGAAGGACGAGUUCAAGGAGGCCAUCCUGGCCAAAAAGGCAGAUUUCAGCCAAGCGAAAACCGAAGGACGAGGCAUCAAGACCAACGCUUCGGGCCCAAGCGAGAAGCCAAUCCCUGAAGGGUUGGCCAAGAGGCUAGAGAUGAGCAGGUCUGGGAGCAUCUCACACGACAGGGAGCCGAGCACCUCGACUACAAGUGUCGAACCACCUGUACGCACGCCGGCUCGUUCAAACACAAUGUCGCCUGUGUCAAAACGGGACUCUGCUGAAGUCUCACGUCCUACAGAGUCCCCGAGGGAGACCCGUUCUCCUGUGCCGACCUUGCAGAAAGAGACCAGCGCCCCAGCACGGUUGCAGAAGCCGGGCGGGAGUGCUCUGGCUGACAGGUUCAACCCAGCCCUGGCCGGUAUGCUGGCCCGUGGGCCUCCACCUAUGGUUUCCAACCCGGGAAAGACCUCGGACGACUCCAGCAGUGGGGCUGCGGCGCCCGUCGCAUCACAGACCGAGCAGCCUUCCGGUCCAGGACCCCAGCUGACGCAUAUGACUAAGAACCGGGCUCGUGGUCCCAAGCGGAAAGCACCCACCUCCGUGGCCAAGGCUGCACCUGCCGAGGAAGCUGCACCAGCUUCUGCCGCUGCCGAGUCUGGUACAGCUGGUGAUGAGAAGCCUACUUCUCCCAUCAAGCCAACUCCACCCAACCCUUUAUCUCCUAAGCCUACGCUCGAGAGGAUAGCACUUGUUGAUUCGGCAAAGACACCUGUCAUCCUGCCCAAGCCGGCUACGAAUGAUGUGAUCUCCCUGGUUGACUCGUCACGAAGGAAGCCCGUCGAGGAUGACUCGAAGUCUACCGGCUCGAAGAUUGACCUUGUCGGCUCACCGAAGCCCACGGGACGACCUCGCUCACCGACCAAGAUCCACGAGCAAGUCGCUGCUCUUGCUGCCAAGACGCAUGAGUCCAAGUCAGGACACUCUCGCGGCGAGAGUGCCGACCUCACUUCACCGGCUACCUCUCCCCGGAAGCUCGACAUGAAACGUAUGUCCAAGUUCUUGGAUGAGUCUAAGCCUGUGGUUGAAGCGCCGAGGCCCCUUUCUCCCUCCAAGACUGGCGGCAACCGGCCCUUGCCGGAGCCUCGACCGCUUUCGCCGCAAAAGACUGGCGGUCGAGCACUACCCGAGUCUCCGCGGAAGGAGGUCCCAAGCGAAAAGGUCGACUCUGACCCUGUAGUGUCAGUGAGGAGCGGAGCAGCCAUGUUCGGUGGUGCCUCGGUUGCAGCAAAACCAAGGCCAUCUCCGAUCUCGCCUCCACCGAAGAACAUCAACCUCAGAUCACCCCCGGCGAGCGCUUCAUCACGGCCGCUACCAACAGUAUCCUCUCCCGACCCCAAGUCGCCGCCACCAAUGUCAUCUCCCAUGCGGUCACCGAGCAAACAUGCGUCCGAGGUAUCGGCCAUGUUCAACGACUUCUUCGGCAACGCGCGCCCCCAGCGCAAGUACACGGUCGACGCGGCCGAGGUGCUCAUGAGCAGGCCCAAGCCGGCGCCCAAGGUCAGGACGCAGCAGAUGCAGCUCUUCCGCCUCUCGGGCGACGGCAAGAAGCAGCCCGUCCCGGCGAGUUACGAGCGCGUGCUCUUCGAGCGCGAGAUGUACCUCUGCGCGCACAGCUUCGCCGACGAGGCCAGCGGCCGCAAGGCGGCCGAGGUCUACUUCUGGGUCGGCGACGAGGUCCCGCAGGCCGCGGCCGAGGACGCAGAGGUCUUCGCCGGCCGCGAGGCGCGCGCCCUGGGGGGAAAGCUCGUCAAGCUGCAGCAGGGCAGGGAGUCGGCCGAGUUCCUGCAGGCGCUUGGCGGCAUCGUCAUUGUGCGCCGCGGCUCAAGCAACAAGUACGACUCGCUAGCGCCCGAGAUGCUCUGCGGCCGGCGCUACCUAGGCCAGAUCGCCUUUGACGAGGUCGACUUCUCCCCCGCGAACCUGUGCUCCGGGUUCCCGUACCUGAUCACGACCUCGGGCAAGUGCUACCUGUGGAAGGGGAAAGGGAGUGACGUCGACGAGCUCAGCUGCGCCCGGCUGAUAGGCAUGGACCUGGCGCUCAUGGGCGAGCUGACCGAGGUCGAGGACGGGGCCGAGCCGGCGCACUUUUGGGACCUGUUUGGCGGCGACGGCGCGGCGCGGCGGCCCGGGUCGGCGGACCACUGGCGCCUCAAGCCCAACUACGAGAAGUACUGCGGUAGGCUAUUCUGCUCGGACGCGAGCAGUCGGCAGCAGAUCAUCGAGCUCCACCCCUUCAGCCAGGCCGAUCUCCACCCGGCGGGCAUCUACGUCCUCGACGCCUUCUUCGAGAUGUACAUCGUCGUCGGCCGCCGCGCCCAGUCCCAGUACGCCUCGUUCCACAACGCCCUCGACUUCGCGCAGGAGUACGCCAUCCUGGCCGCGGGCGCCGAGGACCGGCCCUUCGUGCCCGUCUCGACCGUCGUGCUCGAGGGCGUGCCGCGCGACCUCAAGAGCGUGUUCCGCAAGUGGACCGACGCGCGCUGCCCGACGCGCCUGGCCGUGCCCGCUGCGGGAGGAGCGGCGGCGGACAGCCACCAGCCGGUGACGAGCCCCAAGCAGUUCAAGAGGGGGCGGAGCCUGCGCAUCGUGCCGCUGAAUCAGGCGCUGCAGGCGCUGACGAGUUGA